CUGGGUCUCUGCACAGAGGACACUUGUGUGCAGCUGGCAACAGGGACCAAGCAGUUCAGCCUGGCUGGGGCUGGACACACCAGAGAGCUGUAAGGAAAACGCUCAGGGACAACGCUGCUGAUAUCAUGGGGGAUGCUGGUAACAAGGGCUGCACCCACCAUCCAGACAGUGACAGCUUCAUGGAGGUUGUCGUUGGGCACAUCCUGGACAUGCUGAGCAGUGAGGAUCUGCCCCAACUGCUGACUGAAGAUGUUGCCUGGGAGAUACUGGUGGAGAUGACUGAUUUGACCAGGGAGGAGGCUGACGUUGUGCGUGAGGCUCUGAUUGUGCUGACUGAGUUUGAAGGGGACACUGAUAAAGACCUUCAGGCAAGGGACAGUUUCUUGAAUGCCUUUCCUCAAGUGAAAAAGGAGCUGGAGGAGGGCAUAGCCAAGCUCUACGCCCUUGCCGAGAAGGUUGACAAGGUGCACAAGAACUGCACCAUCACUAAGGUGGUGGCCCGCUCCAGCAGUGCCGUCUCUGGCAUCCUCACCGUGCUUAGUCUGGCUCUGGCACCUGUGAUACCUGGUGGCAGUCUGAUGCUGUCAGCCACUGGGAAUGGGCUGGGAGCAGCGGCUGCUGUGACUGGUGCUUCUGCCAGCAUUGUAGACCUCUUGUGCAAGUUGUCUGCGAAAGCUGCAGCCAAGCGUGUACUUUUGGGCAGAGCAAACCCAGCAGAGGAAGUUGUGCAGGGUGUGAAGAUGGCCACACCCCAAGUUGUUUCUGCAACUAAGAUGUGCAUGCAAGCCUUCCAAGGCAUUGAGAAGAGCAUCUGCACAAUGCAGGUGGACAUACCCAACACUAGAUUAUUAGCCAAUACAAAGCCCCUCAUGAAUGCUGGGGAAUUGUCACUCCCAAGCAGUGAGCAGGGUCCGAAAGCCUUUGAAGGCACCACUCUAGUGAUGUCUGGAAGCACCCGGAUCAUGGGGAUAGCUACAGCAGGUGUCUUUCUUCUGAUGGAUGUGUACAAACUUGUGCAAUAUUCAGAGCAUUUGCAAAUGGGAUCCAAGACUGAGUCAACUGCAGAGCUGCGGCAGCAGGCUCAGGUUCUGGAGAGGAAGUUGGAGGAGCUCAUCCAGAUCCACGAGAGUCUGCAGCAGGACCUCACUAAGUGACACUGUCCCCAAGUGAAGCAGAGCUCAGAGCACAGUGCAUUGAAUACACUUGAAAAAAGGCAGGAAGUGCUAUAGAUGGAAAAGAGGGUGAGGUCAGGUCUAUGCAACUGGGUGUUAAGGGAUUUUGCAUUUCUGUGACUGAGCACACCGAGUGAGGGGCUAAUGCAGAAGUGGGUUAAAGAGAAGGCAGUGCCCUGGGGUGCGACAUAAUGGAGAAGCAGUGCCUCAAGUUCAUGGGAAAUAGGAGGAAAGAAUUUCU